AUGGAAUAUUCACCCAAAAAGAACUUUCCUGUCGACCCCAAAGACUACACGUUGUACGAAGAAGUGGGUCAAGGUGUGAGCGCCACUGUCUACAGAGCUCUCUGCUUCCCACUUAAUAUAAUCGUCGCCAUCAAGGUUCUGGACUUGGAGAAAUGCAACAAUGACUUGGAUGUCAUUCGUCGUGAAGUACAAACCAUGAUCUUGCUUGACCAUCCAAAUCUGCUCAAGGCACACUGCUCUUUCACUGCUUCCAGGAGCCUCUGGAUUGUCACGCCUUACAUGGCUGCUGGGUCAUGUCUCCACAUUAUGAAAUCUGCUCAUCCUGAUGGUUUCGAACAGCCCGUUAUUGCUACAUUGUUGCAUGGGGUUCUCAAAGCCAUUGCUUAUCUACAUGCCCAUGGCCAUAUUCACAGAGAUGUUAAGGCUGGCAAUAUACUUGUUGAUACAAAAGGUGCGGUUAAGUUAGCGGACUUUGGAGUUUCAGCGAGCUUGUUUGAUACUGGCAAUAGACAACAUGCAAGAAAAACAUUUGUUGGAACUCCUUGCUGGAUGGCUCCGGAAGUUAUGCAGCAAUUGCAUGGAUAUGACUUUAAAGCAGACAUCUGGUCAUUUGGGAUAACAGCACUAGAACUUGCUCAUGGUCAUGCUCCAUUUUCAAAGUAUCCACCAAUGAAGGUUUUGUUAAUGACCUUACAAAAUGCUCCUCCUGGCCUUGACUAUGAAAGGGACAAGAGAUUUUCAAAGUCAUUUAAAGAGAUAGUAGCUGCCUGCUUAGUUAAGGAUCCGAAGAAGCGUCCUACUGCAGAAAAGCUUUUGAAGCACCGUUUCUUUAAACAUGCACAUAAUAAGGAAUUUAUAGCUCGGACAAUUCUUGACGGCCUUUCCCCCCUUGGGGAUCGUUUUAGGAUGUUGAAGCAAAAAGAGGCUGAGUUCCUCGCACAAAAUGAGGCUAUGUAUGGUGACAAAGACCAUUUAUCACAGCAAGAGUAUAUGCGAGGGAUCAGCGCAUGGAAUUUUGAUCUAGAGGAUUUGAAAAGACAGGCUGCUCUUAUUGAAGAUGAUGAUGGCAUCACCAUUGCAGAAAACCAAGACUGGAGCUGCAAACAUAGGGGUGAAUUUGGUAACUCAGCUGAUGUGACGGACAGAGAUCCCAUUAAUGCACGUGUAGAUAGUUUCAAUUUUAGUAGAUCAGAAUGGAAACAUUCCGGCCCCGACGAAAUUGAAGAAAUUGUUGAUUUAUCACCUUCAUUACAAGGAAAAGAGAGUUCUGGACUUGAUAAUUUGGAAAAAAGUCGCUCUUUACUAAGAAAUGUUAAUUCUGAAGAUCCAAAGUUCUUAAGCAGUUUACCUCCAUUAAAAGUUGAUCAUUCCCCUUCUGUGAGUGCUGAUGACGGCAGUGAUCACUUGACACGUCAUCAGAAUAGAUAUGAUAGUAGUUCUUUACAUGAGACUGCAUAUAAGGGGCGAUUCAAAGUCACAGUGCCAGAGUCCAGUCCUAAGGUCGCUCCAAAUGGCAUUACUAUCCCAUAUUUUGGAGAAUCAGCAAAUUCUGUAGUUGGUACAUCUGCCUCCAUUCUUCCUUCGCUGCAUUGUAUUUUGCAGCAAAAUGCCAUGCAAAGGGAAGAAACAAUGAGAUUGGUUGAAGUUGUAGAUCAAAUCACUGGCAAUCAUACGGAGUUAGCGGAGGCAGUAACCAAUAAUAAACACAUGCAGAUGUCUCUGGCUUCUGCAAGAGAGAGAGUCUUAGAGUAUCAUGUCAUUGGUAUUCAAAGCAAAAUCGACAGACUAGUUGAAGAGUUGCGCAUACAGAAGAUGAAAAAUGCCAAGCUGGAAGGGCAACUAAGUGCUGUGAUUGAUAAGGAGUAG